AUGCGGGACUCUCCGCCUCCCGAUAUCCCGGAUAGCGCACAGGACGAUGCUAACAGCUGCCCAAGCGCAACCGGCCGCGAAAAAGAGGGCGACAUUUCUUCCGUGUUCGUGUCCUUAUCUGGCGCCAAACGAGAACCCUUGCCUACCCGUUUCCGGGACCUGAAAACGUCCCUCGUCGCGGGAAAGGAAGACAAGGUCAUUGCCGGCUGGAACCGACUGCUCAACGCGCUCGCGGAGGAGAACGAGAUUAUCUCUACGUGGAAAUCGGCCAUCGUCCCGUCGGUUGAGUUUAAGAAUCUCGAGUUCGAGAUUGAGAAGCUGAAACCGGAAAUCAAGAAACCGUUCCCGCCAAACGACCCUCAAGUAUACGAGCUCUACUGGUCAGAACCACAGCUCAAAGCCCGCUCGCACCCCAACCUCCUAGCCACGCAGCGAACCCUCAUGCAAUCCCUCUGGCACAGCUCAUCCCCAGACGCGCAAGUCUCCCUGUCCCAACCUCUCACGUACGCCGACCGCCUUCGCAUCAGGCAGCCCGGCGACGCCACAUUCGCGCUAGGGCCGCACAUCGACGGCGGCAGCGUCGAGCGGUGGGAGCACGCCGGCUACGGACUGGGCGGCGUGUACGACCGCAUCUUCGCCGGGGAGUGGGAGGCGUACGACCCGUGGGACGCGGCGCCCCGCAUUGACGCCCAGCUGCGGCCCACUGCAGGGCACCCUCCUCGUCAACCCGGCCGUGAAGCUGUCGACGGCAUAUCUGCUCCUCCGCCCUUUUUCCGGCCUCUGAGGCCUGCAGAGGAUUUGGCACCGGAGGCUUUCCUCGCGGCGGAGAAUUGGGCUUUUACGGGUGGUGAGGCGAUGACGAGCGAGCUUCAGGGCGCUACGCCGAGUCAUGCACAGGAGCUUAACGACGCCCUCCACCCGCACCUCCAACUUUCGAGAACCAUGGUGCACGUGCCGGAAGUGAGGCCCGGCGACUUUGUUGUGUGGCACUGCGAUGGCAUCCACGCAGUCGACAAGGUCCACGCCGGCAAGUCGGACUCCAGCGUCCUGUACAUUCCGGUUUGCCCCACGACGGAAAUCAAUGCAAAGUACCUUGUCAGGCAGCGCCAAGCUUUUAUCGAUGGGACUCCAGGGCCAGACUUCCCCGGCGGCAAGGGUGAGUCCGAACACGUAGAUAGGCCGAGACCUAACUUUAUUCAGGGUGACAGCCUACAGACCAACUCGGCCUGCUCCUUCACCGACGAGGCCAGGCCUUCGCGGUCCAGCUCCAGCCGGUCCAGCAGCCCCUCCGCCGCGGCCUUUGACCUCGCCUCCCUCUCGAGCUGGAUCCCCGCGCGCGUGACGACGCUGGCGACGCCCCCGCUCGGCGACGACGGCUUUGACGACGGAGACGACGGGUCCGCUCUCGCCGUCGACCGGUGCGUUUUGGCGGCGCCCGUGGAGAAUAGGGCGCGGGCGCGGGACGCGCGAGAGGUUCGUCGCCGGAAUAGGGUGCGGUUCUCGUGCGUGCGGUGCCAUCGGAUGAAGGUCAAGUGCGAUAAGCAGCUGCCCUGCGGUCGAUGCGUCGCUAGUCGGUUUGGGGAUUCGUGCUCCUACGCGCGCAAGAAGGGGCCCGAUGACGACGGGGCCGACGGGGAGGGCGAGCGCGUGGCGAGCCCGGAGCCGGAGAGCUUUGAUGCUGUGUUCCAGGCUUUCAAUGACAGACACCGGGGGUCCAGCCACUGGAGGAUCUUGAUGGAACGGAUCAAAGAGCUCACCUCGUUCGACUUCAACGUAUUUAUGCACUCGCUCAUCCCCCAAUACCCCCACUGCGCCUACGAGCUCAUCCUCCCCGUCAACUACCCGUUUGGCAGCCCCGGCGCCGUCAAGUUCGCCUCUCUCAAGCUUGUGAUGCAACUGCUGUCCAAGACGCCCGCCUCCGCCGCCGAAGCCUACGUCGACAGCUACUUUCGCGUCUUCGAACCCCUGCAGCCCGUCUUCGAUGUGGAUAGCCCAGAUCAUGGGGUGGUUGCCUUUGAUGCUUCUACACCGCCUAAGUCGGUGGAGGAGCUGGUGCAGCUCGCACAAUACCUGAUUGUACUGGGGCUCGGCUGCUCCGCCGUCCGCGGCACGCAGUCCCACAGCGCCGAGUACUACCUCGCGGCCGAGGCGUGCCUCAUGAAGACCCCCUUCAUGUUUCGUCCGACCCUCGCCACCAUCCGUACCCUUUGCCUCAUGGUCACGGCGAAGAAGGUGGCCAACGCUACUUGUUGGGCCGUGGACGCCUGUUGGUCCCUCGUUGGCCUUAUGCUCCGCUUGGCUGUCAUGCUCGGGCUUCACCGUAAUCCCGAGCUGGAGCAUGGGUGGGAAGACUAUGUCGAUGGCGGUGACCAGCGGUCGCGCGCGGACCGCCUGGCCCGCCGUAGGCUAUGGGCCACGAUCGUCUAUCUAGACGCGGAGAUCGCCAUCAUCACGGGUAUGCCGGCACUCCUACGACGAGACGACCUCGUCGGCGGCGGCGGAGACCUCCUCUCCUACCCAGAGGGACUAGACACCUCAAUCUCCCACAUCGACGACCCCCUCUACAACGCCUUCCCCGUCAUCAUGGACAUCGCCGUGCAGGUCAACGCCAAAGCCGACCAGCUCACCUACGAAGCCGCCGUACACUACAACGCCACCGUACGACAGCUCAUGGUCCCCGUCCUCGCCGCCGCCUCCGGGUUCCGCCGCACCGCCCUCGACAUCUUUUUCCGGCGCGUCCUCCUCGUCCUGCACCGCAAGUUCGCCCACCACGCUUCUUCGCCCGUCGACUUCCCUGUGUGCUACUGGUCCUCGCUCGAGUGCAGCCUCGCCCUCCUCGUCCUCCAGCGCGGGCUGUGGGAGGCCGGCAACGGCUUCACCGAGGUGUCGAGGGUGUUUAUGCUGGAUUUCGUCUCGGCUGCCAUGACGGCGUGCAUUCACGUCCUGCGCAAGGACGCGCCCCUGUCCGCGGCGGCGGAGGAGGCGGCGGAUGGGGCGAUACCCCCGCGGCAGACGAUUCUGGAGACGCUCAAGGCGUGCGUGGAGAUUUGGCAGCGGCAGCAGGACAAGUCGCCGUGUAUACUUACGGGGUACAGGAUAUUUGACGCGGUCAUUGGGGAGAUUCCGGAUGUUGUGCAGCCAUAA